AUGUCGUCUCCUCAGCAGCUCAAGACAACGGCCACCGACCUCCUCAAAAUCAAGCACCCCGUUCUGCUCGCUGGUAUGAACGUGGCUGCUGGUCCCAAACUGGCGGCUGCCGUUACCAAUGCUGGAGGUCUCGGUGUCAUUGGCGGUGUUGGAUAUACUCCAGACAUGCUUCGAGAACAGAUCGCCGAGCUCAAGAGCUUCCUGAACGACAAGAGCGCACCCUUUGGUGUAGAUCUCCUCCUUCCUCAAGUCGGUGGCAGCGCAAGAAAAACGAACUAUGACUACACCAAGGGAAAAUUAAACGAGCUGAUCGAUAUUAUCGUUGACUCUGGCGCGAAGCUUUUUGUUUCUGCUGUCGGUGUACCUCCUCGUGAAGUCGUUGAUAAGCUCCAUGAGAAUGGAAUUCUUUACAUGAACAUGAUCGGCCAUGUCAAGCAUGUGAAGAAGUGCCUCGAUCUCGGAGCCGAUUUGAUCUGCGCCCAGGGCGGUGAAGGUGGCGGCCACACGGGCGAUAUCCCCACGAGCGUGCUCAUCCCAACCGUCGCCAAGAUGUGCGCUGAAGCACCACCCUCCAAAUUCACCGGCAAGCCCGUUCAGCUUAUCGCGGCCGGUGGCAUGUUCAACGGUCAAUCUCUUGCCAGUGCCUUGAUGCUAGGCGCCUCCGCUGUCUGGGUCGGCACGCGUUUCGUCCUGUCCGAGGAAGCCGGUGCUCCUAAGGCGCACCAAGAGGCCGUCCGAACGGCCGGCUUCGAUGACAACGUCCGCACCAUCAUCUUCACUGGCCGACCUCUCCGCGUUCGUAACAACGAGUAUAUUCGCAACUGGGAAGAAAAUCGGCAGGCGGAGAUCAAGGCCCUGACAGAUAAGGGAGUGAUCCCGGUGGAGCACGAUUUCGAAACAAAAGGCGACGACAUGUCCGACGAGGAUAUGGACAAUGCCCGGCCGUUCCUAAUGGGCAAGGCUGCCGCCGUCGUCAACGAGAAGAAAUCCGCCCGUGAAAUCGUCGAUGAAUUUGUCAAUGAUGCGGUCAAGUGCUUGCAGAUGGGUAAUGCCCUCAUCGUCUCCAAGAGCAAGCUGUAG